AUGGGUUCCCCAAUUUCCGGACUCAUUGCCGAGGCCGUUCUGCAAAAACUCGGGAAACGACUGUUCGAGGAAUACAAACCCAAGUUUUGGGCACGCUACGUUGAUGAUACCUUUGUUAGCAUCGAUCAGGAUAAAAUUAACUAUUAUAAAGAACUGCUGAACUCAAACUUUCCCGACCUACAUUUCACGAUGGAAGAAGAAGUGGAGAGCAAACUUUCAUAUUUGGAUGUUUUCGUCUGCCGCCAACCAGACGGCAAACUGGCGACGUCAGUCUACAAAAAGCCGACGAACACGCUGAAAAUUCUCAGUUACAACAGCAGCCCCCCACUGCAACACAAACAAAGCUGUGUACGCAUGCUAUACCGAGGGGUGGAAACUUAUGACAGCACUCCAGUCACCAAUUUGGACGAGAUGAAUCUCCUCAGAGAACUCUUCAGAGCCAACAGCUAUUAG